AGUCAUACCAUCAUCAUCAACAUGGCCGCCUCAGACCAAGAACCCCACGUCAGCGCAGUUCGUCCUCGUUCCUACCAAGACGAGAGCUAUCUGCACGGGUUUCUCGGAACUGUAGGCGACUUACAGAAUGAUGGGGCAUUUCAGGAUGUUGUCCUUGAAGUCGAGGGCCGGCGGUUUCCCUGCCAUCGGCUUGUUCUGUCCGCGGCCAGCCCCUACUUCAGGGCCAUGUUUACAAGUGACAUGGCGGAAAGUCGUCAGAAGACGGUUGUUUUACAGGGUUUGGAUGCAGACAUGUUUGUGGAGAUCCUGAGUUACAUCUACUCAGGAACCCUCCAUGUGUCCCUGGACAAAGUGCAGCCCCUGUACCAGGCAGCCGACCUCCUCCAACUGGACUAUGUGAGAGACACCUGCAGCAGCUACAUGGCCAUGAACGUGGAGUGCUCCACCUGUGUGGACCUGUACAAGUUUGCUGAGGUCUUCUCUGUGGACAUAGUCAGAAACCGUUGUCUGCAGUUGAUCAAUAGGCACUUUGUGGAGGUUUCCUCUAGAGAAGAGUUCUGCAGCCUCAAUGUGAAUCAGCUGACUGAGAUCAUCAGCCAUGAUGAGCUGGAAGUUAAAGAGGAGACAACAGUGUGGGAGGCUGUGGUGAGAUGGGUGCAGCACAGCAGGGAGGACAGAAUACAUCACUUACCCAGCAUCCUCCCUCACAUCCGCUUCAACCUGCUGACCCCAGACGACACGGCGGCCAUCUUGGAACACCCAUUGGUUAGAGAGGAUCCUGGGAGUUCUGAGGUCAUCAGGGAUGCGGUACAGAAAGGGGACCCCAACCUGAAGCCGAGGCUUGGGCAUACCAUGGAGAUGGCUCUUCUGUUCAAUGUAGAGCGCGGUUCAAACGAGAUCCUCUUCAUGAACCCACUGGGAGGGUACAUCAGCUGCAGGUACAAGCCUGAAGACCUUCCUCUCGUGCAAAACGUGACAGUCACAAGUGAUAACGACAUCUACAUCCUGACUAAUAAGCGAGAGAAUGAGGAUCAGUUGUCUAUGUUUAAGUACAACCAUGCGAAGAAUGUGUGGGAAGAUGCUGGUAUGUCCUCAGUAUCUAAGUGGUUGAGGCUUGAAAAAGAUUUGAAAUACUACAAUAACCACCUUCUUGAAGUUGAUGGGAUUUUAUACUUUCUUGCUGUCGAUGAAAACGCGUCCGUCCUAUGGAUGAGAAAGUACAACCAGCACACUGACCAGUGGCAGGAGUGUUCACGAGAACUUGACAGUGCUACAUUCUACUGCUAUGUAGCAUUGUCCUGUGGCUCAUACCUCUACAUCCUCACAAGCAAGGAAGUGCAUCGCUACGACCCGAGCCAGGACCGUUGGGGCAAGAGGACCUCACCAGGGGACUUUCCUGAACUCUGUACAGCAGUUGCCAUGGGAACAGAGAUUUUCUGCACAGACAUGGACUUAACUCAGUCUUGGGUGUACGACACAGAGUCAGACCAAUGGCAGACACUGCAAAGCUGGCCAAACCCAGGAAACUUUGAUAUUGAUGAUAUUCCCCAGCUUUAUGUACUGGAAAACCAGCUGCACCUACUGGUCAGCAUCUGUUUAUAUAGUGACUCCCAGGAAGUAUACAGAAAUUUGAUAUUUGUGUAUGACAGGUCUGCUGAUGUCUGGAUGAGCUUGAGGACAACCCUGCCUGAUACGGAGUAUUUUGCGCAUGGUCCUUAUUUCCCUGUGGCACGUAUAUACCUACCACAUCUUAAGGAGGCAUAAAAACACAUAAUUCCUUUCGCUUUUUGUCGUUACUGUGCAGGUUAACGAAUAGAGUGCCCGGCUGGGCUGCUCAACAACAUUUUGUUUAGAUCUCGGGUUUUCCUGAAUGUCUCAACAAUGGGAAUUGUGUCGUACUGCUAGAUUUAAUACUUAGGUGGAAAUAUUACAGAAAUGCUUCCAUCGUUUUUCUUAAAGACCUUUUCCCACUUCUCAUAAUAAAAUGCGACAGGGUUCCGGAUAUGGAUGUUGAUGUUACCACCGUUGCCCAGGGUGCGAAACAAGGGUGAAAACAGCUAAAACCUUCAGUACGACGGCGGCAAAGCAUAUUAACUAAUGAUUUGUCUAGCAUAUAUAGUUCCAGUGCACGGGGCAUGGUAAAACUCACUUUCUGACAUCAAAGAACAAAGGCUGCAGACGAAACGCAAGUCGUGAACCAUGAGAUCACGGGGCGAAACCAACUAACAGCCACAGUGGUGACGGGCUUGCUAGUUUAUACUUCUGACCACAAAAAUUGGAAAAUUCUCAGCCCUAAUAAUAGUUGUACUAUAUUUCCGGACAAAUCAUUAGUUUAGAUGCUUUGCCGCCCUCGUAUUGCAGGUUUUAGCUGGUUUCACCUUGGUUUCGCACCCUGGGCAACGGUUGUAACAUCCCAGUCAACAACCAUAUCCGGAACCCUGUCGCAUUGUAUUAUGGGAAGUGUGAAAAAGGUCUAAAUCUAACAACAGAAACAAGUUAUAUGGGAGUCCCAGUGAAUUAUAUAGGAUGGUACCAGACUGAGACUAUCUAUAAACAUAUAUCGAACAUUUACCAUUAUUUCACAUUCUAAUUGUAUUUUAGAUACACUUUUCUGUGGUGCCAUUACCAUUGUACGAAAUGUUUAGGUUUAUCAUGUGACAGGUAAGUUAUUUGCUGUUAACGUUUGUCUACGAAGCAAUUUGUAAAGUUACGCACAUCACAGUAUAUACAUAAGGGCUCGAAAUACUUUUUUCUGCAUACCUGCACUGGUGCAGGUAGCAUUGAAAAUUACCUGUACCAGACAAAUUUUACCUGCACCACUCUGAAUUUAGGAAGUAUGGAUCAUACUAAUAUUGUUCAGGAAUCAUUGCUAUUUUUUUCUUUUAUACUUUAUAGGUGGUAACAGUUAAUAACCAUCCAUAACCACCUACAGUAUAGGACAUCUAUAAAUAAAACCCAGUACAUGGAAUUGUGCAGGUUAGGUGCAGGUAGACACCAGAAAUACCUGCACAGCUCCAAUUUUACUGCACUAACCUGCAUAUGAAGGUGUUAUUUCGAGCCCUGUACAUGUAUUUCCUGAUAUACUGGUUAAUUCCAGAAUAAUGCCUUUUGUAUCAUUUUUUAGCAAUAAAUAUUUACUG